AUGAAAUAAAUAAUAAUCACUAUAUUGGUUAUAGUAGUAAAUGGUGAUAUAAAAUAAUUAGAUAUAAGAGAGAAUUUGGUUUGCAAAUAAUUGAUAUUAAAAGGGGAAUUAAAAUGUAAAGAGGUACAUGCAGAUAGGAUAGUAACAGAGGAAAUAGAUAUUCCAACAGAGUUUAGUUCAGAUGUAUUGGAAUUGAAUAGUUUGAGUCCAUUUAGAAGUGAUACAAGAGCAUCAGCAUUUAUAGAAGGGAGUAAUAGAGAGGAUACAAUAUUUAUAAGUGCAAAUUUUAGAGAGAUUUAUAGAGAUGAUGAAGAUGAGAGUACAGAUGGUAAAACAAUAAUAACAGAGUUUAUUUAAAUUCAUGGUCAAUCAUAAUGGAUGCCAAUAUUGGUAGAUGAAUAGAAUACUGGUUGGAGAAAAGAAAGUAAAAAUUUAUAAAACGAUCAUGAAAAAUUAAGACAUAUUUUAAAGUAGAAUAGUUAUUUUAGUUAUAAACAUGAACAUUUCAAAAGAAAUUAAUUAGAUAAAUAUAUUUAUGAUAGAAAUGAUAAUAAUAGAAUAUAUGGAAAAUGGAAUGAUGAAUUAAUAUUUCAAUAUAAUGAUUUACCUUAGAAUCACACAUAUAUAUAAGUGAAUGCUAAUUUUGUUAUGUUAACAGAUUUUUGGCGUUUUGGAACUGUAAUUUUAAAUAUUGAUUUAGAGAAUGAUAAUGAGAGUUGAUGGUGAAACUGUUUGGAUGUAAUCACAUCAUUAAAAUUUAAAAAUUUGUUUGUAUAUGGAACAUUUAUUGAAUGGAUUAUAAAAUAAUAGAAAUUUAUAAAAUGAAUUUAAUGAAAUGCUAUAAUAAGAAUGGACAUUACCAAUUAAUUUAAGUGUUAAACAUAUUAGACAUAAAUUACAUAUUGAAUUUGGUUUAGUAUUAGGAGUAUCUAUUUACAUUAUAUGUUAGCAUUUACCUAAUUAGUGUAGUUCUGGUUAAUAAUUACUAUUUUAAGAAUUGGAAUCUAGAUUUCCAUUGUUUAGUAUUGAUGAUUUUACACUAAAUUAUAAAUGA